AUGAGUUCGUCCGUAAACUGGUUGCGCCAAACGCACCAACUUUUCUUCUUGAAAUCUAUCUAUCUAUCUAUCUAUCUAUCUAUCUAUCUAUCUAUCUAUCUACCUAUCUAUCUAUCUAUUCCUCCUUUCCUCUCAUUGCCAUUCAACCCUUUUUUUUUUUCGUUAUUAUUCUUACAUUUUUGUUUUUUACUUUUGUUAAAUUCUUUUAUUUAUUUUCUCUUUCUUCUUGAACGUUUUCUCAGUUCUUGCCGCUUCACUUGGGUCAGCGUCUCUUCUGCUAUAAUUUUUAAAAUUCUCUACACUUCCCACUUCUCUCUCGCUUUCUCUUCACUUCUCCCUCUCUUCAAUUCUUCUCCCUCUUCACUUCUCCUCUCUCUUCAAUUCUUCUCCCUCUCCACUUCUCCUCUCUCUUUCUGUUUCUCCUUUAAUAGAUUUUCCGCCUUCCGAUUCUCUUUUUAUUCCUUUAGCAUUUCUUUUCGUCUUCUCAAUUUUACACUUUCUCUUUUUUUCAUAAAUCUGUCUUUCUUCUCUAUCUUUUUUCCAUUUUGUCCCUUCUGCUUCUCAUUCAUAUCUAUCUACCGUAAUCUGUUAAUUCUAUCUAUCUAUCUAUCUAUCUAUCUAUCUAUCUAUCUAUCUAUCUAUCUAUCUUUUUCGCGCUUUCUCUCCUCUCUCGCACUUUUAUACCUGUCUUUCCUAUAUUUCUCUCUUUGCUUUCCAGCAUCUAUCUAUCUAUCUAUCUAUCUAUCUAUCUAUCUAUCUAUCUAUCUAUCUAUGCUUUCUGGUCACAUGACUAUCAGUGUAGUGUGA